UCCGCCCCGCCGUGGGACAAGUGCUUCCGGGGCAGGGCCUACGUCGUGACGGCCGGCCCGCCGCUCCUCCCCGCGGAUUGGCGGAGCGGGCGGCGCGCAUGCGCGCGGUGCUGUGACUGGGAGGACAGGCGGCGGCAGCUCGAGAUGGCUGAGGUGGAAGAAACACUGAAGCGAAUUCAGAGCCAAAAAGGAGUGCAGGGAAUCAUUGUUGUUAAUUCUGAAGGUAUUCCUAUCAAAAGUACUAUGGACAACUCCACAACGAUUCAGUAUGCGGGCCUCAUGCACAGCUUCAUCAUGAAGGCAAGGAGCACUGUGCGAGACAUUGAUCCCCAGAAUGACCUCACAUUCCUGCGGAUCCGCUCCAAGAAAAAUGAAAUCAUGGUUGCACCAGGUAAAAAUAAAGACUACUUCCUGAUUGUCAUCCAGAACCCAACUGAAUGAUUACGCUGACUUGGCCUGGUUUUUUUUCCCUUUGCCCAACUGUUUUUUUUAAUUUAAUGGUAAAGAAUAGAGCAUUAGUGUUAAUUCUGUUGUGCCACUUCAAUAAUGUCUGGAAAAACAAAAGCAGGUGUUUUUGUUGUUUACAAACAGAAAAAGUGGCUUUUUUUUUUUUGUAUCACAAGUCGUUUCAAGGAGGAGUUGGUGAAUUAGAAUCAGGCAGUAAAAAAUGCAAUAGAUUCUUUUAAUAGUUAAGAAGGUAAUAUAAUAAAAUUCUAAUAAUGUUCUAAAAAUUAUUAUUCUUUGUAUGUUUCCAUGCUUCUGUCACCACUAUUUGAGAUAUGCUUUUACACUACUGCUUUUCAAUGACUGUAAAUAUGAAACUUGCCUAUCCUCUAGUUGUGUCUUACUCCGUUGGUUUUACAAGUUACUUUGAAAAAGUCUGACCAUAUCAAAUUAAAAAGUGUCAUCAGUGA